AUGAAGUGUGUUAUACCAGGGCCGAAUGUAAAAAGUAGAGCCAUACAUUCUUUAGCAAAACUUGGUGAUGAGUUAUACAUAGAAGCAACGGAUAAUGAUUUAUUUUUUAGGACUGUUAACUCAUCUAAAACGGCAUAUGCUUCAUUUUGUUUUUCUUCUGACUUUUUUUUAUUUUUUCAAACCGAAAGAAGAUAUGAUUCUUUAACAUGUCAAAUUUCAAUGAGAUCUGCAUUGAAUGUAUUUAAAUCUCCCAUGUCUCUUGAAAAAAUAACUGAAUCGAUACAAAUUCAAUUUUUACCAGACAGCGACAAUGUUAUAUUUAUUAUUAAAUAUAAAAAAGGAGUUAACAAGACUUUUAACAUACCUGUUAUCGAAUGUGAAGCUCUUCAGGCAUAUUACAUGAAAGAAUCAACUCCCAACAGCAUAACAAUACAGCCAAAAAUUGUUGGUGAAAUUUUAAAUAAUUUUCAAAAUCAUCACGAUGAAAUCACAUGGAAAGUUGCUAAAAAUCAAAUAAUAAUAAAAAAUUUUUCAGAAGUGGAAAACGAAUGCAAUGAUAUAAGAACAGAAAUAUGCGUUAACAAAGAUGAAUUUGACAAUUAUAAAAUAGAUAAUGAAACUGAAGUGACAUUUUGUUUAAAAGAAUUAAGAGCUGUUUUAUUAUUUUCCGAUAGUGUUUCAUUACCACUAACGGCUAACUUUAGCGUGUGCAGUAAACCGAUUGUGUUUGUUAUAAAAGAUGAUGUUUUCGAAGUUAACAUUGUUGUCUCGACUCUUUCCGGUGAUGAUAAUUCAUCUUUGGACAAUUUAAGUGUGCCUACAACAAAUAAUAGUGAUAGUACUCAAAACAAAAUUGAAACAAAUUUUGAAACAAAUAAUGAAACAAAUCAAUUUUUAAAUGGUGAUCAUGUUGAUAUGCCAAUUAUCGAAUCAAGCGAAAAUAAUUCGAAUAGUGAUAGAUUAAAUAAUGUAUUUAGAGAAUGUUUUGAAAAAGAAGAACAUUAUGUUGAAAAUUUACCAGGUUAUAGUGUUAUAUUAGUACCAGAAUCAGAUUCUGAUUGUUGA